UCGAGCAACGGUCUCGAAACUGGCGAUGAAGUGGAGCCGUUCCACUGCUAGAGAGUAGGGAGCCUCUGCCAAUUUCGUUGAUCGCUUAUCGGCCACGGCAUGAAAGGCAGUGACUCCGAUGAAUCGGCCGAACACCACAUGACAACGAUGUCCGAGCAUUUUUUCGGCGAUGACACGAGCGAAUUGCCCUUCUCCAUCUCUAUCAUUGAGAAUAUGAAAGAGGACUAUGGCCUGUUUGUCUGGCCCUGUAGUGUCAUCCUGGCCGAGUAUGUUUGGCAACAGAGAUUGCGUUUUUCCGGGGCAAGCGUGGUUGAGCUUGGCGCCGGGACUUCCUUGCCCAGUUUGGUCGCCGCGAAAGUGGGUGCUGAUGUCACUAUUACCGACCACUCCGAUAGAGUAGAGGUGAUGGACAACAUGAGAAGAGUGUGUGAUCUGAAUAAACUCCAGUGUAAUGUACUAGGAUUGACAUGGGGAGUUUGGGAUGCAUCCAUAUUUAGUUUAUACCCAAAGAUUAUACUUGGGGCUGAUGUGUUGUAUGACACAAGCGCCUUUGAUGACCUCUUUGCCACCGUGACAUUCCUGCUUGAAAAUUCUCCUGGGUCGGUCUUCAUAACAACAUAUCAUAAUCGAAGUGGGCAUCAUCUUAUUGAGUUCUUGAUGGCAAAAUGGGGGUUGAAGUGUGUAAAGCUUCUUGACGGCUUCUCAUUCAUGCCUAGUGACAAGGCAGCUGGGUUGAGUGGCAACAUUCAAUUGGCAGAGAUUGUUCUGAAUAACGUACGGCCUUAGUUAACUAAUCCCAUUGGAUUAGCAUCUGGAAAUUUCUGAUACAUUCAUUCCGGUCAAAAUUCAAGCUUCCCAUUGCCAUACAAAACUUCUGUCUUAUGGGCAAGAUGAUUAUAGUUCAGCUCAUCCAUGCAUUACCACGUUUAUGGACUUUCGCUGCUCAUCUUUAUUGAUGAGAUCAGGAGUGAUUUCUUGACACAAAUGUCUGUUGAAGGAGUCGUGUUUCUGCAAUUAUGUUACAGUCUGAUGGAGGACA